CGGCCCCGACCCACUCAGUUCCUGGGCCGCUCGGGUGUCUGGAGUUGCGCGACCCACCGGCCCUCGGUGUGUGCCGCCGCGGUCGCCUCUUGACUCCGGAGAGCCCCGGUGAGCUGCAGAGUGCCCAGCCCAGAGCUUAUCAGUCACCCCAGAUCUCGCUGUGUGGGAGCCAUGAGCAGUGUCCUGAGCGGCGUCCUCCCUCUGGGCCUGGUGCUGCUGGUCUGCGCCACCCAGGGCUUCUUCCUGCCCAACACCACUCGCCUGGAGAAGCUGCUCAGCCGAUACCGACAGGACGAGCCUCACGCCAGGGCGCGGAGGGCCAUCCCUAGGUCGGACCGGGAGGAGAUCCUCAUGCUUCACAACAAGCUGAGGGGCCAGGUGUACCCCCCGGCCUCCAAUAUGGAGCACAUGAGUUGGGAUGAAGAGCUGGAGAAGUCAGCCACGGCCUGGGCCCAAGAGUGCCUCUGGGAGCACGGGCCUACCAGUCUGCUGGUGUCCCUCGGGCAGAAUCUGGCUGUCCACUGGGGCAGGUACCGCUCCCCUGGAUUCCACGUGCAGUCUUGGUACGACGAGGUGAAGGACUACACCUACCCCUAUCCCCAUGAGUGCAACCCCUGGUGUCCAGAGAGGUGCUCUGGGGCCAUGUGCACCCACUACACACAGAUAGUUUGGGCCACCACCACCAAGGUCGGCUGUGCUGUCAACACCUGCCGGAGGAUGAAUGUCUGGGGAGAUAUUUGGGAGAACGCUGUCUACCUCGUCUGCAAUUACUCUCCAAAGGGGAACUGGAUUGGAGAAGCCCCCUACAAAACCGGCCGGCCCUGCUCUGAGUGCCCGCCCAGCUAUGGAGGCAGCUGCAAGAACAACUUGUGCUACCGAGAGACUUAUGACCCAAAACCUGAAGCAGAUGAGAUGAACGAGGUGGAGGUGGCACCUGGCCCCGAGGAGAAACUCGUCUGGGUGCAGCCGAGGGUGAGCAGACCCUCGCAGCCCAAGAAAACCCCGGCCGUGAACUACAUGACUCAAGCCAUCAGGUGUGACACCAAGAUGAAGGACAAGUGCAGAGGCUCCACGUGCAACAGGUACCAGUGUCCAGCAGGCUGCCUGAAGAGCAAGGCGAAGAUUUUUGGAACACUCUUCUAUGAAAGUGCGUCCAGCAUCUGCCGCGCUGCCAUUCACUAUGGGAUCCUGGAUGACAAAGGGGGCCUGGUGGACAUCACCCGCAACGGGAAGGUCCCCUUUUUUGUUAAGUCGGAGAGAAAUGGCGUGCAUUCUUUGAGCAAAUACAAGGCUUCCAGCUCAUUCAUGGUGUCCAAAGUAAAAGAGCAGGACCUGGACUGCUACACCACGGUCGCUCAGCUCUGCCCGUUUGAGAAGUCGGGGACCCACUGCCCGAGAGUUCAUUGUCCGGCGCUCUGCAAAGAUGAGCCAUCCUACUGGGCUCCUCUGUUUGGAACCAACAUCUAUGCAGACAGUUCUAGCAUCUGUAAGGCCGCUGUGCACGCAGGCAUCGUCAGCAACGAGAGCGGGGGCUACGUAGACGUGAUGCCGGUGGAUAAAAAGAAGACCUAUGUGGGCUCACUGAGAAACGGCAUUCAGUCUGAAAGCUUGAGGACCCCUCGAGACGGGAAGGCCUUCCGGAUCUUUGCGGUCAGACAGUGAAUCCUGGUGUCGGGGAGCAGGGGUGUGUUCCAGAGGGCUUCGGGGUUUUGCUUUUUGUUUGUAUCUUGUCACUUGGGGGUGGGCUGGGCACACGGAGAGCACCUUCCUUUGAGCGGCGCUCAGUGUCACCUCCUCUGUGCCUUUGUCUUGUGUCCGCACUGUGGAGCAACAGCCUCCUCCGGGGCCUGACCUGACAACCGAGGGCCAGUCCCGCUGGGGCCUGGGGUCUCCCCCUGCGGCCGCUACUUCACAACCACGGGGUGUUCCUCCCAUGUGUUCCUUUAUGGGUGCAGGGAUGGCCGCAGACCUGCAGGGCCGAGGACGGGAACCCGUGUCUGGGCACUCAGGUGCGGGAGGGGCAUUCUGAGCAACUGCGGGGUUGGGGGGGCGGUCAGGAAGGGGACAGAGGUUGCUAUUUAAACAAUUAGAACACCCCCGUCCAUCCCGACUAAUGGGGGAAAAUUGGCUUAAUGUUUGCUGGUCAGACAAAUGGGCCAAACAAGGGGGCUGGGGAGGAGGGCUCAAGGACCUGUCCUUGCUGGUGUCCUGCCCCGUGCAGGCUGGUCACCUCCACAGCAGAGCUGCUUGUUUAGAGUUCAGCGCUCAUUCCAGAGACUUCGCUCAUCUUUGUCCUUCCCUUUGUCCAUCAUAUUGCCCGUCCAUGUAGGCCGUGACCUUUGGUCUUGAGGACUAACGGGCAGGACCCUUUCUCGCUCCCCACCCAGUGGCUCCGCGCCAUCCCCGGACACCCUGACAGUCCAGUCUCAUACAGGGUCUCUGCUUGGCAAGUGGUUCUGUUUGAAGCCCACUUAAAACAAAACAAAACAAAACAAAACUCCUGGUCUCUGUUGGUUCCACUGGGAUGUCUAAGAACAGCCCAAGCAGGGCUGUUUGGUGGCUGGUUUUCAAAGUCAAAUCUUAAAGUGGAGCUUCUCCAGCCCCCAGCAAGCUGCUUUGUGCAGGGGCGGGAUGGCUCCUCAGCGCAUUCCUCCCAGAGGGUAAUGGCUCUGGAGAGAGGCUCAGUCUGUGGUUAUGCAACUGGAGUCAGGAAGACACGAGGAGGCUUUUUCUUCCUGUUUUUGUGCAGCCAGUCUCGCCACAUGUUCUCCCGGCUUCAGUGCGAGGAGCAUGGCACUCUUGGGCAUCCGUCACCUUAUAAAAGCGCUUCAUAAGCCCAGAGCAAAAGCCAGCAGUGAAAUGGCAGCCCCUUUGGUAAAUUGCCUUUCUCUGCCGGAGGUGCCUCCAGGCUGGUCAGUCUAUCUGCUUUGUGAACGCCAGUUUCAAAUAGGAUUUCACUCUCCCUGAAAAUAUUUUGAAGGCAGAGGUAAUAGCAGAAAGUUUCAAAAACCAAGAUGGUUUAGACGAGGAACGCUGCUUGAGGAGUGAUUGAGUGUCGUCGUUGAGUGCAUCCCUGAUCAAUGCAGAAACUGAAGGGAAGUAGCUCCUCGCAACAGGCCCUUUUAGGGAGUCAAUAAAAGCAAUGAAACUAUUAGUUUACGGAGCCGAGACUAGCAGGAUCAGGUGCGUGUGGGCUCGUGGUCACUGACUGGCCGGCUAGUCAAGCCCAGGAGUCAGCAGAAGAAUCUGCUCAGCCUGUCCCAUCCUGGUCUCCUUUCUGCCAAAGAUCCGAGGGCCUGCAAACUCUGCCCACUGGGUGCCGCAUGCUCAGACCCUCGCUGCACUUCUCCUUCAUUGCCAGUCUUCUGCCAAGCCCGCAAGGUUUAGAAUUAGUGACAGUCCCAGGCUGUUUCAAUGGGGUUUGACUUUGAGGCAGCCGACCCAAGGGAGAAUCCGAAACUUCCAGCAUGAGUCUGCCCCAUUGUUUUAAAAUCAAGCUCCCUCCCGGUGCCCGGAGCCUUGCUGGCCUCCCCUGUUGCAAGAUGAAGUCCUCACCCAGAGCCACAUCUCCGCGCUUUCUCAUCCUCACGAGCAUUUGGAAACCAGGGGCCACUUUUCUUCCGAAUACGAAGAUAAGACUAUGCAUUAUGAGCCCUCAUCACCAGGAGCACCUCCAACUUUGUGUACGUGAUGGGUGCUCAGCCGCGGUCAGCGAGCAGAGAAACAGGCCCGCGGUGUUUCUACAUCCCCUGCCCCCAUAUGCAAAGUUUCGGUUUCCCUCACAUUUUUGCCCUCGUGUGUUCUGAUUUUUCAUAUUGUCUGUAGGCUCACGCAGCCCGCAGCUUACAUGUGUGCUUUUUUCUAUGAAAAAUGAUGUAUUUUACUACUUGCUACAUACAAAGGUUUAUUGUCAAUUGUUUGUGUGCUUUGCAUGAACAGGGACCACGUUGCUGUUAUUUCAAUAAAACUGGUUUGAUUUCUUAAACAUUCCUGUGACUUAACUUUUAUGGACACAUCUGCAACGUCUCUGAAGCUGUGGAAUCGCAGGCCGGGCAUGGGUCCAGAACCUCUCGGAGGCCUUGCCCUGACGGUCACCCGCCCCUUGGAGUGAAGGGGGGUGGAAGUCAAAAUGCAGACUCUGCUCCCGUUGCUCUGGGACUUAAAAACUGAAAUUAAUUUUUCUCUCCAUUCUGGAGCAGGGCCCAACCCACUGAGUU